CCAGUUCAGGCUGGACGCGCACGAACUCUCGCGGGAUUAGUCGCCUCCUGGCGGAAGUGUGGAGUCUAGUGAUGGAAAAAUGGAGGCUGCGGGCAGUAACACGCUGCUGGUCCGGCAUCUUCCCGCCGAGCUCACCCCGGAGGAGCAGAGGACUCUGCUGGAGAAGAGCGGGGCGGAAAGCGUCAGGCUGUGCUAUGGGAGGACCCGCGGGAGCUUGAAAAAUGCGGCUUUUGCGACCUAUCCCAAUAAAUAUGCGGCUGGUAAGGCUCUUUCGGUGCUUCACCAGCUCAAGGUGCUCGGUCACACUCUUGUAGCUGAAUAUACGAAGGAGGAUUUUUUACACCUUCCUGACCAGCCCACCUACUCUGUGAAGAAGAGCAGUGAAAAGAAAGUAGAUAAAAGUAAAGACUCCAAACUUCCCGAACAGGUGUCCAUUGAGAGAGGAAUUGCUCCAAACCAUGGACUUGUAUUUCCAAUAAAAUCCAGUCUUAAGUACUUGUACCCUCCUCCAACUAGCACCGUAUUGGCCAACAUUGCUAAUGCCUUGGCGAGUGUUCCCAAAUUCUAUGUACAAGUGUUACACUUGAUGAAUAAAAUGAACUUGCCGUCCCCUUUUGGACCUCUCACUGCACAGCCUCCCUUGUAUGCAGACUAUUUGGCAAUGCCGAUCCCGUUCCCUCCGGUGCCCCCUGACCUUCCUGAGAACCCCCCACUGCCGGAGCUGGAUGACGAUUAUGAUAUGGAAGUUUCCAGCAGGGAAGAGUCAGAAUAUGAAAGUCCUGAUGAGGAGGAGAAAGAGAGGACGGCUCGUCUGAAGGAGUUGGCAGAUCUGCUGCCUAAAAGACCGAGGAUUAAGAAGCAGCCGCGUCCACGGAAAAAGCUGAAGAUAAAGGACCUGAUACCAAUCCCCGCUGUACCGCACAGCCAUUCCCAUGCUCCUUUGCUGCCUUCUGAAGUUUUCGAGCAGCCGUGCGUUAUUGGGCCCAAGAAGAUGGAACUUCACAUUCCUGCAGACAUGCCUGCUGCUAUGGAUGCCAUCACUUCCAGUAUUGAGGCCCGAAUGGAACCUGACGGAGGUGAAGAGGUUUUGGGAUUUGGGAAGAUCUAUCCAGUUAAUGAGCCCAGUUGUGAUGAUAAGGAGGAUGAGGAGGAGGAGGAUGAUUUACCAAAGGAAUUUAUUUCCAGGAGGGAGCUGGAUAAGGGAAGAGUGUCUAAAGAAGAAAUGCGAAAGCUCUCUGUAUUUAAGAACUACGACCCUGGGGAGCCGAAUUGCCGUCUCUACGUAAAGAACUUGGCAAAACAGGUUACAGAGAAGGAUCUGAAGUUUAUAUUUGGGAAGUUUAUUGACUUUUCAUCUGACACUGAAAAGAACAUGUUUGACAUUCGCCUGAUGACAGAAGGUCGGAUGAAAGGACAAGCUUUUCUAGGCUUUCCCAGUGAAGAUGUGGCAGCGAAGGCCUUGAAACACACCCACGGAUAUGUACUUUAUGACAAACCAAUGGUCAUUCAAUUUGCACGAUCGGCUCGUCCAAAGCCGAAUGCUGACAAAGCACGGAGCAAGCGAUAACGGUCAAGAUGGCCGACUAACUGCUGUUUGACAUGAACAAAAAGUGUAUCCUUUCCUGUUGUAUCCUUUAUGAACAAAUACUUUAAGCCCCUUAUGAGCAACAGAUCCAGAGGUGUAUUUAAGCUGCAAUGCAUUACUUGUUUUACUCUUCAGUGGAAAUGUUUAGAGAACAAGCAUCGUAGAACUACAAUUUAGUUGUGUAUUGGAUUUCUUACUGUGUCCUCCUUUUUGUUUGGUCAAGUUCGAUUUUAAAUUUUUUAUUAUCCUUAUUAUAUUAAUAAUACAUAAUAAUAAUUAUUGUUGGCAAGUAUAAUUAUAAAAUAAUAGGUAUAAUUAAUUAUUAUUAAAGGGUACCUCUCAUCAAAAAAACUUUUGAUAUAUUAUAGAUUAAUGUAUGCAGAAUAACUUUACAAUUGCAUGUUAUUUAAAAAAUAUGCUUCUUUCUAUUUAAUUUUCCACUUUGAAGAAAUGACCACUAGGGGUCUCCCUACCAGUCCUGGCAGCAAGCAUUUCAGACUCAUGCUGGAGUCCUAAACACUACGAGCUGCCAGUCUGCUUUGUUCACAAAGGAGAACACUCAGAGCUGCCAGCC